UGUAUUUCUCUCUCCGUGCUCCCCUGAUGGCGAUAGUACGGACAAUGUGUACGGCUCCGCCGCGCCGAGUCCCCUUGGUCUAAAAUCAACAGAUCCGGGUAGCCUCUGACCUACUGAUUCCUCCACACCAUACUUUGCGUCCAGUUGCUGAAGAGUUUGGCGAAGAUCUGUGAAGUUUUGCUUUCAAAACCCUCGACAGCUUUCUUCAUUUUCUGUUGUUUCUAUGGCAAAGCAGUGGCCCUGACCCUUCUCAAGCUUCUCCCACUCUCGACUAUGCAAAAUCCAUCUAUUGAGAAGACAUGGAAAGCUCCAACAAUGCAAACAAGGGAUGUCUCGUUUUUACAGCCGGCUGGCACUACUAGUAGUGUUUUGGUCCCUGUUUUAAACUGAGAUUCAACUAAAGCUCUCCCUUCUCCUUUGUUAGGUCCUAGCUCCUACAAAGGAAGACCUUAAGGCGUUCUCAAAGUACACAAGUGGUGGCUUUCCUGUUUUCUUUCAAGUUCUACUGAGAUCUACAGUCCCGUACCAUUAAGUUCACCAGAAAAGUUUGGAAAUGUCUCAGUCACUAACCAGCUCAAACAAAAACAAGACAAUAGUUCAAGAGGAGGAAGAUGACGACCUUGUUAUCCUUCCGGAUGUAGACAACUCUGAGCUUAUAGCUCGCUACAGACUCAGCUUGGUAGGAAGGCUUUUCAACAGAGAAAGACGUAAUGUUGAAGCUCUCAUCGCUCUACUGCCUAGGCCAAGCAUCUGGGACGUUGAAGGUCGAGUCCGUGGCGUAGAUUUGGGUAACCACCGUUUCCAGUUUGACUUCGACUCAGAAGAUGAUCUCCAGAAGGUACUGAGUAAAAGACCUUGCCAUUUCAACAAAUGGUCCUUCGCCCUCGAGAGAUGGGCGCCUCACAUUGGAGACUCUUUUCCUAACACUAUGACCUUCUGGGUUUCUGCAAUGGGGAUCCCAACGCACUUUUGGCUUGACCCAGUCUUCAGGGCCCUUGGAAAGAGGCUUGGUCAUGUCGGUUUGGUGGAAGCAAAAACAGCAAAAUUUCAGGUUGAGUUGAACGCUGAUCUUCCCAUCAAAUUCGCUCUCCGGGCGCAACUACCAACCGGGGAAAUUGUUCCUGUUUCCCUUGAAUAUUGUAACUUACAUCGAUGGUGCCACUCAUGUCAUCUCCUCUCCCAUGAAGAUGAAAACUGCCCCCAAUUAUCUGAAGAAGAAAGGGAACAACACAGAUUGGCAAAGGAAGCAAACAAAGAUCAAGGGCCCCAAACAAGAAACGAUAACAACAAAAGAGGUGACCUUUCUAAGAGACUCAGUGCAACUGAUCAGAAAUCUUCAAGCCAUCAUGAGAGACACUCGGGUGAAGGUACUCAAAGAGAUAACCGGGAUAGCGUCUGGAAACGCAUUGACUCCCGGUAUGCUCCUAGAGAUGACCACCGUGGGGACAACCGUCAUGCUCAUAGGGACCGCGAGAAACCUUCCUACACCAUAGAGACAUACAACAAGAGAAGGUAUGAUGACUCUUUUGCAUCAAGUAGACAAAGAGAGGAAGCUAAGAAAGUGGAAAAGAAACUUGCCUCUGAUAGGCAUGAUUCUAAAGGAUUACCUGAGGCCCCUCGUGACCUUCAAAUGAGUCGUCCUGCUGGUACUCUUAGAUCAACGUCUGAUCAGCCCCAACUGGCUCGACGCAGCAUCUCUUCCCCAGAUCAUGUCAGGGAUAGACCCUUUAUGCUCUCGCUGCAAAAAAGAACUUCAGGGGAUCCGAAAUUGAAGGGAAAAGUAGGAGACUUGGGAGAUUCUUCUGACACUGGAAGCUCGGCAAAAAAAAGUCUCAAAUUCGCUGUUGAGACUAAACUUUCUUCACCAAAAGCCCAACGCUCUUUGCCGCUUGCGCUCACUGAGAAAAAAACAGAGAAGAGUUGGUAUGAGCAAACACUAGAGGAAGAGGAAACAUUUGAUCAUGCUGUGGAUACCACUGGGAUUACAGAGCCAGGAGAAAAAAGUAACGUAAUUGAAGACCCUAAUGCUGAAAGAAUUUUAGAGGAUGAAGAUUGGUUAAAUCAGGAUGCUACCUUUGAUAUGGAUGAUGACGAUCUGAUGGAUGAGGAUGAGCUCCUCUGUGACGAAACACACCAGCAAGAAGAUACAGGUCUCUCUACCGAUCAAGCAUCUCUGCCCCUGAUGGUUGAGGGUUCUACAGACUCGGAGAAGAAAAGGAUGGAGAUAUCGAUAGAGGGCUUUCAGAACCAACCUGUUUCGAAGACGGCAGGGGUUGGAAGCGGUCGUGCUCAAGCUACGCCAAGCCGUUCAUCGCGAACUCCGACACAGAAAAAGAAAGGCUCCCCUAUACCUUCGACAAUGGGCUUCUCUUCAAAAAAGAGAAACAUAUUGCUGGGCCGGGCUUCACCUAAAGAGACAAAAAUUGGGCUGCAGGUUGCUUCUUCUCCUAUGGCUCAAGCACAUGAUGUUUCUUUUGAAGACAAGGAUGCUACACUCGUGAAGAACAAAACCAAAUCAGCAAAAGUGGGAACUAAACCACCGAAGAUCCCCAAAUGAACACAGUAGCGUGGAACUGUCGAGGCGCGGGUGCCGACCUUACAAAGGAGCAUCUGAAUGAACUUUAUCACUGUUUUUUACCUAAAUUUCUAUUUCUUUCGGAGACAAAAAACAAUCGGAAUUUUUUGCAAGAUGUGCAAGUUUCUUUUGGAUAUGACCAGGUUUGUACCGUUGAUCCGGUUGGUCGAAGCGGAGGUUUAGCCCUUUUUUAUAUGGAUGAUCCGACUGUUACUAUCUUAUAUGCGGAUAAACAUAUGAUUGAUAUUGAAACUCGA